AUCAACUGAGCGCAUCGAGAACACUCAAAAGAGCGAACGUGUGCAGUUAUUUCACAUUAUGGAUGAGCGUGGACAUUUGUGAAUAAUAAACGGAGUUUGAGAGCUUGUGGGCGAGGAAUCUUUUUCGUGGGAUUUUCCUUUGGAGUCCCACUCUUUAAACACAUUUUCAAGAGAAAUCGGUCUUCAGUGAAGGACGAAGUGCCGGUGUUUUCUCACGGCUCGGAGUAUUUUACGCAUCUUAAAGACUUUUAAGACUGAGCAUCACUUUGGGAAGACAACGGAAAAUGUUACUGUCCAAAUUUGGAUCUUUUUCCCAUAUUUGCAGCACGACUAACAUCGAUCACUUACCGGUGAAAAUUCAACUUCAAGCAGCCAAGAACGAAAGGGAGCCGUUUGAGAAGGUUUAUCAUGUGGGUUCAGCGCUGGGAAGCGGCGGAUUUGGGACGGUGUACGCCGGUACUCGGAUUUCAGACGCGUUGCCGGUUGCGAUAAAACACGUCGCAAAGGAGAGAGUGACCGAAUGGGGUACACUUAAUGGGUCGCUGGUUCCACUGGAGAUUGUUCUGCUGAAGAAAGUGGGAACUACCUUUCAGGGGGUCAUUAAACUCCUAGAUUGGUAUGAGAGACCCGACGGUUGGUUGAUUAUAAUGGAGCGGCCGGAGAUGGUGAAGGAUUUAUUCGACUUCAUCACCGAGAAAGGCGCGCUGAAUGAGGAUUCCGCCCGGGGCUUCUUCCGACAGAUUUUAGAGGCGGUUCGGCACUGCUACAGCUGCGGGGUCGUUCACCGGGAUAUCAAAGACGAAAAUCUCCUCGUUGAUUUACGCACGGGGGAUCUGAAGCUCAUCGACUUCGGCUCCGGGGCGAUCCUCAAGGACACAGUCUACACAGACUUUGACGGCACACGAGUCUAUAGUCCCCCUGAGUGGAUACGCUACCACAGGUACCAUGGGCGCUCCGCAACCGUGUGGUCUCUUGGCGUCUUGCUGUACGACAUGGUGUGUGGGGACAUCCCCUUUGAGCAUGAUGAGGACAUUCUGAGAGGACGUCUCUUUUUCAGGAGGAGAAUCUCUCCAGUGUGUCAACAGCUUAUCAAAUGGUGCCUUUGCUUGAGGCCAUCAGACAGACCCACUUUGGAGCAAAUCUUUGAGCAUCAGUGGAUGCGUAUGGAAGCAGACCCAGAAACAGAGAAUGGAAACAUAACGCUUCACACCAUCAGCACAGAAUCAAGCUCCAAUUCGAGCAAAGAAAGCCUUUGACAGCACUGGAGAACCUGAGUGAAUGGACUAUUUUGGCCCUUGUUCCCAGUUAUCUGGUUAUUGGGACUUAAAUUUAUGUUGCUAAAUGUCUUUGUUUUUUUCUUGCCGAGGGUGAGUUGUUACCCAUAGGGAUUGCACAAGCAGCAAUGCUUGUAACCCUAUCCUACUGGUUGCUCUUAUAGAGCUUGGACAUUUUUUUUUUUUUUAGACUAUCUUUUUAGUUUUCUGUGCCUUUUUUGGAAAGCUGCUUUUAUGGGAUUCAAGACACCAGGUGGAUUCUCAUGGAUUUUAGGGGAAUUCCCCUGAAAUCAUCAAAGACUUUAUCUUAUGUGGUGGAUCUCCGUUCCCCUCUAGUGGUUGAAUACUUGAAGUAAACAUUUACUACUCUUAAAAGUAUCUCUCUCUGCUGCUCUGCUGAAAAUUCAUAUUCAUUAUUUAACUUUUUUUUUUUUUCCUCUUGUUAUUUUCUGAAUGUCUUCCACUACCAUCUCUGUUGAUGCCACUCUCUAGCCUUUGCUCUGUAGAGACUUGAGUGACGUGUACAAUCGAUGCAAUAUUCAUGGACCCAUGCUGUCUUUCCGGAUUCUUUUUUUAAAUACAAGUAUUUGUAUUGUAUUUAUGUACAUUUUCUUCCAUGUAUAUUAUUUAUACUAUUCAUGCAAUACAAACAUUCCACAUGAAUAAAUGUGGCUAUUUAUUUAUUUAUUCAUUCAUUUUAUACCAUCUGCAAAAGGUCAAUUGAAAUUGUUAAUUGUGAGAGUUCCCCAGGCUUAUCUUUAGUUUAAACUAAAGGAUCAUAGACAUGCUAAAGCUAUCUAAUACUUAUACAAAAUAUAAGAUUGAAAUGUUUAGUGAUGCCAUUCUGAUGUAGUGUGUAACAUUUAGAAUCAGUUAUUCUCCAUGUUAAGUGGAAGUAAAAUGUGUUUUAGUCCCUCCACUCUGACAGCGUGGAACCUAUUUUUUUUCUUCUUCUUUUUUUUAACUGGUGAAACAAUUUUUUUUUUUAUAUUGGACACAA